AGACAUACACUUAUUAACUUGUUUAGUUGGUUCAGUUAGAUAGUUUUUUAGAGCUUUCUUUCGUGUUGCACUAUCCAGUAAAAUCUGUGUAUAUUUAUAAAUUACGAUGACUCUCAGCUAUUUUUGCUUACGCUAUAUUCUCUUAACUUGUUUUAUUUUUCUUGGAAUUUCUGGACUUGUUGUUUGUGCUGUGAGUGGAUUUUUUAUUUAUCAAUUUCAUGGAAAUGACUAUCCAAAAACUCCAUUCAAUUAUCUUGAUGGUCCACCAGCAAUACUUUUGGUUAUGGGAAUACUUGUUUUUGUUUUUUCAAUUUAUUUUUGGUACAUAAUCGAUUACAAGUUUAAUCGACGAAAACUUAUAAUGUUUUCAGUUCUAUUCAUUAUCAUAGCAAUCGUAAAAAUUUGUUCUGCUGUGUGGGUACUUGUUAUACACGAACAAAUGGAUAAAAUGUUAUCUCAAAGCUUAAAAAAGACUUUAGCAGUACAAAGAAUAAAGGAUGGAAGUACAUUAUCUAACUUCGCUCAGAUAAAGCUUACUUGCUGUGGAUACAAUGAAACUAUUCCUGAGUUCGAGGAGUUGACGUCUUGGCUUUGUUGUAAUUUCGAAAGAUUAGACAAUACAACCAAAAUAAUGUGUAAAAAUUUUUAUGGACAAGAAUGCCAGCAUUUAGCUCUCAAUACUGAAAGAUCCAUACUUCAUCAUAUUUUUUUACUGGCUCUUUGUUCAAUAAUUUUUCAGAUUUUCAUUACAUCGAGCAUAUUAAUUUGUGGACGACUAUUAAAAAAAGGAAAUGCAACAAGAAUCGUGCAGUACACUUUACAAAAACCUUCAGCUCCUCCCAUUGGAUGUAAUUAAUUUGCAUACUACGUAAUUUAGUUUUCAUAUGUUAUUUUGUAUAAUGACUUUAUUGAAUUAAAUAUAAAAGUUACGUACAGUAAA